AUGUGCAAAGGACUAGCUCUGUCUUUCACCUGCCUAGAAAGGGCCAAGGAACUGAAAUCAAGAAUGGUCAACUUUCUGCAAAAACCCAACUGGAGUCUAUCAAGCUGCAAAAUAGGCAAAACUAGACCUACUCUGGAAGAAUGCAUGAGGUGGAAAGAGUCUUUCGAAAAGCUGCUGUCCAAUAAACAUGGACUGAUAGCCUUCACAGAUUUCCUGGUGUCAGAGUUCAGUGAGGAAAACAUUGCGUUCUACUUUGCCUGUGAGGACUUCAGGAGCACUAAGUCUGCUGCCAAGCUGGCCGCCAAAGCCCAGAGAAUCUAUGAUGAGUUCAUCUGCACCGACGCACCCCGAGAGGUGAACAUUGACCACGAGACUCGUGACAUCACCAGGGCCAACCUGAAAGAUCCAUCUACUUCCUGUUUCGACAUGGCCCAGCACAGGAUCUAUCUUCUCAUGGCAAAGGACUGCUACCCUCGCUUCCUCCGUUCCCCGGCUUACAAAGACCUGAUCAGCCAGCUCUGUGCCAAGUGCACAUCCACCUCCAAGAAGGCGUGA